GCAAUUAAAGAAAGAUUUUAUUCCCAUGAGCUUUUCUUUAAUUGUGACUAUAAAUACAUGAAUUGAAUGCCCGAAUAAGAACAAGCUUGCCAGUAGUAUUGGUGAUUAGGGAGCAUUUUGCAGAAGAGUAGAUUAAGUGCUUAAUCAAAAUGAAAGGACAGGUGGUCAUAGUCUACUUGUGGGUCUUAGUCUUUAUGGUUACCAUCAACCCUACGCCGACCAGAUGUGCAUAUUAUUCAGUUGCCAAGCCACUUCAACCCCUUAAACCAAACCUGGUUCAGCUCAACUUCUACGUCCGAGAGAAUUUGACCGGCUUAAACGCUACUGCAAUUGUGGUAGCUCACGGCCCUAGGACCCAGCAAAGAUCCGACACCGCAGCGCUGUCGUUCGGCACCCUACUCGUCGUCGAUGAUCCCAUUACAGAGAUUCCGAAUGGGAAACCCAUCGGGAGCGCGCGCGGCUACUACGCCGCAACUAGCCUCAAAUCCGAGGAGUUGACGCUUGUAAUGACCCUUGUUUUCUCUUUUACCACUGGUCUUUAUAACGGGAGCUCCCUCUCUGUACUUGGGGUCAGUCAUCCGCUGAGUAAUAACCGUUCAAUGUCUGUGGUGGGAGGGACAGGGCUGCUUUUUCUGGCUGGUGGGCCUGUGGCUGUCACAACGAUUACCCGGAAUACCAGUUCUUUUGAUGCGAUUCUUAGUCUUAAAGUUAAUGUGAUUUACUAUGACAAACCUUCUUCUCUAACUAGUUAGGGUUUUAAUGGAAGUAUUACUAUAAGGACAGCUACAUAUGAUGGAUGUAAUAAGAGAGUAUGUAACCUAAACAAAAGCCUUCUGCCGACUUUUGUUUAAACUUGUUUGGAAGUCUUACUUGCUUGUUUGCAGGGUGAUGAUGAUUUUCAUAUUAGAAAAAGUUCUCUUGUAUUUUCUUUGUUGGAAGAGAUUGUUUUAUCCUCUCCUUUUUAUGUAGUACUGUUCGGAGACUCCAAGCAUCUUGUUUGCUUUCUCCUCUCAUAAUGAUAUUAUCUUUUCAAAAUA